AUGGCCAAGAAGAAGAAGCCCGCGGGCAAUCCCGCGCGAGGGUUCGCAACAACUUCGGUGGCCAGCAAGCCCAAGCCGGAAAAGAUGACGGGUGACGCCACCGCGACAGAAGCUGUACCAUCAGUUUCCAAGGAGAGUGCACCAGCCAUUGUAUCUGCCCCUCAGAUCGUUACAGCGCCCAACGUGGCAAAGGCAGAGGUCGUGCAAACUCCAGAAGAACUAGAAGCGCAGCUCGAGCGAGAUGAGCUGCAGCUGCUGGUGGAAAAGCAUGCGCCAAAGGUUCGCCGCGAUUCGCAUCGUAAUGUCUUGAAGUUUCAGACCGAUCGUAGAGUGCUUCGCGGACAGUCUCACUCAAUGACUGUGCACGAUUGGCUACCAAAUGAAGUUUUGGACAGCGUUAUUGCGUUAGCCCAAGCCGAGUCCAACGACUCAAAUCGGAGGCAAGGCCCUCAGUCUCUGCUCAAAAUCUUGACUGAAGAGGAUGCCAUGUCCAAACUCUGGACGCUUGAUCUCACUCUACGCGAGCUCGGUUUCUCAAGCGAUCAUGUUCUACCAGUUUUGAAAUGGAUAUGCGCUAAUGCUGCCGCUGUUGACUCUUCCGCAAGCAUUUGGGGUUUACAAGAGGCACUAGAAUGGCUGGCGCUAGAUCAUUGCGAUGGUCAUUCUUUCUCAUAUGAAGAACCAGCGCCCAAGCGUUCAGCUACAGAAAUUGCUGAGCGAUCUCGGCCUAAUGAUGCAGACAACGAAGCUCAGAAAGACGGAGCAGUCUCGAAUGGUGCUAGGAGACCUGACCAAACAAGCGCCAAUGCAUCGAAUGCCGGAGAUAAGAUGUCAGAACACAUCGAUAUUGACGUCAGUGAUCUGGAUAGUGACAUCGAGCUGGAUGAUCUGAUACCCACUUAUCUAAAACUCAAAGGCAAGCUUUAUGAAAUCGACCCUAGUCUGGUUGAAGCCACAACACGAAAGCAGACCAAAGCCGGAAAGGGCAAAAAUACACCCGCAAACCAGAUUCAGCAGAGUCCUACGGUGCGAAAGCUCCUUUCACAGCUACAGAAGAUAACCUCAGACACGCUCUUUGACGAAUAUGAGGCAGAGUUACAGUGGCCAGCGAAACGCAACCAGAUCGCUCAAGAGAAGGUUGCCGACCCUGGCGAGGCUGAGGACGAAGGGGAUCUACUAGGUAGCAUGUUCUCUGCGGUGCCUGACGUUUUGGACACAAGCAAAGCUGAGGAUAAGAGUACUGUGUCCGAAAAUGUCACGUUACGGGAUUUUGGCAAGUCGAGUGGCCUGACUCCACGAAGACUGCUGGAAGAGGCUGUUCGCUCCAGCGAGAGCUAUAUUUCCACCGCGGCACUAUUUUCAAUCUCCGUGGCCAUACCCAAGGAGGAGAAGGUUUAUUUGCGACUACCUUCAAACUGGAGAGAACUGUACCGAGAGUUCAUGGACCAUCGCAAGACCAGAAUCGACACCGCGGACCGAGAUGCGGUUAAGCACUAUCGCUCAAUUGUUUUGGAUCAGAUAGAAAACGAUGAGUCUGAUGGUGUCGUACUCACGAGCCGCUUUAGGAUGCGGAACCAAGCUGCGAAUUUACCAGUCUCCGGGUUCCGAGAUGAAAUAAUGACUACCAUCGACAAGAACCAAAUCACGAUCAUUUGUGGAGAGACUGGUUGUGGAAAGAGUACACAAAUCCCCUCCUUCAUCCUUGAGCAUGAGCUCUCACAAGGCAAAGCUUGCAAGGUCUUCUGCACCGAGCCCAGGCGUAUCUCGGCUAUCUCACUUGCACAGCGUGUGAGCGAAGAGCUCGGUGAGGGGCCAAAGGAACUGGGUACAAUGCGCUCCCUGGUUGGUUAUGCAAUUCGCCUAGAAUCGAAGACGUCUUCCCAGACGCGGCUUGUCUACGCGACCGUUGGUGUUGUUCUGCGCAUGUUGGAGUCUGCAGGAGGUCUUCCAGAAGUCACGCAUCUUGUGAUCGAUGAGGUGCAUGAGCGAAGGCAAACCCAGUAUUUGGAGGAUGCGAUUGAAUUAACACAUUACGAUGGAUCUUCUGAGAAAACCCAGCUAGAUGGCCGGAGUAGCGAUGACGACGACGGAGAAAUCACUUCCGACAAGUCUGGCAUCCCGAGCAAACUUCCCGGUUACAGCCCUGCUACUCGCAACGUACUCUCUACCUACGAUGAAUACGCUAUCGACUAUGGCCUUAUCGCACGCUUGAUUGAAGCAGUUGCUUACGACCCACAACUCAGUCGAUACAGCAAUGCAGUGUUGGUCUUCCUUCCUGGUAUUGCUGAGAUUCGUCAGGUCAACGACCUUCUCGGCGGGCACCCUUCGUUCAACAAUAAGGACUGGCUCAUCUACCCACUUCACUCCACCAUAUCAAGUGAGGACCAACAGGCCGCUUUUCUCAUUCCACCACGAGGUGUGCGAAAGAUUGUCCUUGCCACAAAUAUUGCCGAGACUGGUGUCACUAUCCCAGACAUUACUUGCGUGAUUGACACGGGCAAACACAAGGAAAUGCGAUUCGAUGAGCGCAGACAGCUGUCCCGCUUAACACAAUCAUUCAUCUCGAGGGCGAACGCUAAGCAGCGUCGCGGUCGUGCUGGCCGUGUGCAAGAAGGACUGUGUUUUCAUUUGUUCACCAAGUACCGUCACGAUACGCUCAUGACUGAUCAGCAAACACCAGAGAUGCUCCGACUAUCUUUGCAAGACCUUGUCAUGCGUACUAAGAUCUGCAAACUUGGCGAUAUUGAGGAGACACUUUCACAAGCUUUGGAUCCGCCCUCUUCACGAAACAUCCGUCGCGCAAUCGAUGCGCUCAUCGAGGUGGACGCGCUCACGCCGAGCGAAGAGUUGACAGCCCUUGGCCGGCAGAUUGCAAAGCUUCCGCUCGAUGCACAUUUAGGAAAGCUGGUGCUACUGGCCACCAUCUUCGCCUGUGUAGACGUCGCCAUCACCAUCGCUGCCAUAUUGUCCUCCAAGUCCCCGUUCCUGACGCCAUUUGGAGCAAAGCAGCGCGCUGACAUAGCACGUCUGGCGUUCAAGAAGGGUGACUCUGAUCUUCUGACCACAUAUAACGCCUACAGAGCCUGGCGUGCGGUUUGCACCACGCCAGGUCGCUCCGAAAUACAGUUCUGCCACAAGAACUUUCUCAGUCCACAGAAUCUGGGUAACAUUGAAGAUCUGAAAGCUCAAUUGCUCUCCUCACUGGUAGAAGCGGGUUUCAUUCAACUCUCACCUGAUGAGCGUAACAAUCUCAAACGCUACCGCAGCACCACUCGUCACCGCGCCUUUGUGCAAGUUCCCCCACAAUACGACAUCCACACAGACAACGACAUCUUCGUCAACUCCGUCAUCGCCACGGCUUUCUAUCCCAAGAUACUCACACGUGAGGGCAAAGGAUGGCGCAACAUCUCCAACAACCAGACCGUCAGCUUAGCUCCUACGUCCGUCAACAAAGGCACCAAAGUCGCACAGUUCCUAUCCUACUACCACAUCAUGCAAUCCAGCAACAAGUUCUACAACGCACACUCGACCUCGAUCGUGUACCCGCUCCCCAUGGUACUCAUGGUAGCAGCAGACAUGGAUUUCAAAAUGCACGCCGGCGUCAUUAGCUUUCCGGGCAGUGUGUUGCGCUUCGCAGUCAGGGACUGGAGAGCGGCGGUGGCGCUGAAGGUGCUGAGACGCCGCGUCAAGGAGAUUUUGUCGAGCUGUUGGAAGAAUCCUGCGAGGCUGAUGAGUGAGCGGGAGAAGGAGUGGUUGGGCUUGUUCUUUGCGGUGUUUGAGGGCAAGUGGGAGAGGGAGGAGAGGAUUCGUCAGAGAGCGGGGGGUGCAGCGAAGUAG